AUGUCGAGCAAGCGUGUUGCUAUAAUUGGUUAUGGACACCUCGGGAAAUUUCUCGCUACCAAAUUAUCAGAGAACGAAAGUUUCGAAGUAGUUCGCAUUUUCAAUAGGACUGGGGGAGAUAACGUUCUGUCAUUGGAAGAAAUAUCUUUUGAGACUUUGAAAGAUGUUGAUUUGGUUGUGGAAGUGGCUCACCCUGCUAUUAUCUCCAAAUAUGCUCCAAUAUUGCUAGAGCAUUGUGAUCUGUUUAUCGGCUCCCCGACUUGUCUCGCUAACGCUGAAGUACUGAGUAAAGUCGAAGAAUUGGCCAAACAAUAUAAGAGAAGAGUACUGAUACCAUCUGGUGCUUUCUGGGGAGCCAAUGAUAUACAGAAAAUGGCAGACCUUGGAACACUCAAGGGAUUGUCGGUGACAAUGAUCAAGCACCCUUCUUCGUUCAAGUUGGAGUCACCUUUGAAAGAAAUAAAUGAGAAAGCGAAAGAAAACGCUACUGAGCCUACUGUUCUUUAUGAAGGUUCCGUGCGUGGUCUCUGUCCAUUAGCACCUAACAAUGUAAACACUAUGGCUGGUGCUGCUAUUGCUGCCAAGAAUCUUGGAUUCGAUGGUGUAACGGCUCGUUUGGUUUCGGAUCCCAACAUGCGUGAUUGGCAUAUUGUUGAAGUAGUUGUGCAAGCGGAUGAUGGAUUCGAAGUUAAAACAAUUAGAAAGAAUCCUGCAAAACCAGGAGCAGUUACUGGACAAUUCACUUAUUUUUCCUUCCUAGCAAGUAUCAAAGAGAGUCUCUUCAAACCUAUUGGGCUUCAGAUCUGUUGA